AUGCCGCCGUGUCACCCCGCCACCAGGUCGCCCCGCCCUCGCGUCGCCGCCCCGCACCCGACCUCCCCGCCCCGCCGCCUAGUCACCCCGUCCCGUCGCCGUGCCCGCCGCCCCGUCCUCUCUGCCCCGUCCCAUGCCUCCCCACCCCCGCACCGCCGCCCCGCCCUCUCCGCCCCACCCCCGCGCCACCUCCUCGCCGUCACGCUAUGCCCACCGGGCCACCAGGCCGGCCAUGCCGCAACAGUGCCCGAGCAGGAUAGAGAAUUCACUUUGAGAUCCUUCAAGAGUGGCAAAACUCCAAUUCUAGUUGCAACUGAUGUGGCUUCUCGGGGCCUUGACAUUCCUCAUGUUGCACAUGUUGUGAACUUGGACCUCCCCAAUGAUAUUGAUGACCACGUACACAGGAUUGGAAGGACUGGGAGAGCAGGAAAGAGCGGCCAGCUUGCAACUGCUUUCUUCAACGAGAAUAAUUCUUCAAUGGCAAGACCUCCUUCUGAGCUAAUGCAAGAAUCCAAUCAGGAAGUACCUGCAUGUCUCUCACGCUAUGCAGGUCGCCCUUCUUGUGGUGGUGGAGGGAGUGGAUACACAACCCACUCUAGUUCAUUUCUCCUCUAA